AUGAAUUAAGAUACAUAAUUGAUUUAAUUAGAUGAAACGUUAGACAAAGAAAACAAAUUCAUUUUAUCUUCUUAAGUAGCUAAUAACAUUAUUGGCAGGGAAGAAUAGGAUUUUAAAUUAAGUAUGAGCUAAUCUAAGUUUCAAGAUGCUCCUAUGAUUAAUAAUAGUACUAAUCCACCUUUUUAGCUUUCAUAAACUAAUAAUAAUAGUACAAUAAAUUAAAAUUAAAACAUGUCUCAAAAUUAAACUGGAAAUAACUUAAGCUUAAUGGGAUAAAUUCAUUCUAAUCAGCAUUACUCUGACUUUUUAAGUCCAAAAUACUAUGAAAUAGAUAACGAUUUGAAUCAAAAUUUUAGCAAUUAGUUAGAUUACUAGAUAGGUUAAUAAAAUAACUUAGCUCCUUUUUCAAAAUAAUAGAAUAAUGGUAUAGAAUAAAGACAUUAAUAUGACCCUCAAAUAGUAUCUUUGAACAAUUUAAUCAAUCCAAACAACAAUCAGCAGUUCGAUUAAACUUACUAGAAUUUUUUAAAUACCUAAUCCAAAGCCCUCCUAGGAAGUAAAAAUUUCGAAAGUGAAAAAAUAAAUAGCCUAAAUUGUAGAUUUUCUGAAAAAUUAGAUAAACAUAAUAGAGUUUCUGUAUCAUCUAUAAGCGCUCGAACUAAUUCAAUACAAAUUAUUAACGAAACAGACGAGUAAAACGCAAAAAAAUAAAGCCACGAUUUGGAAUAAGAGGCAAAAUCAGAUAUCUCAAAAAACUUAUAAGUAAACACAACAAAAGGAACAUUUUCUAUAGUGAAAAUGGCACUGGUAAAGAAUUUUGCUAACAAAUUAAUUAAAAGAGUUAGAAAUGUAAUGUUUAGAAAAUUGACUAGAUAGUAAUUUGGAAUGAUUGAUGAUUUCGCCUCUGAUUUUAAUUACUAUAUUUAUUAAUAAAGAUUCAUUUACUCUGAAAAAACAACCUUCAUUAAAAAGUGCAUUUAUCUUAUGGAAUAAUUAAAAAUCACUGAAUUUAUAAAUUAAUUCCUAAGUGGAAAUCUCAUGUUAAUGCCAGAAUCUAUUUUUAAACUCAUUUGGGAUAUUUUCAUAAUAAUUGCUAUUAUCCUAAUGAUAUUGAUUAUUCCUGUCUGCCAUAUUUAUGACACACAAAACGUCCCUCUUCUAAGAUUCUUUAAUUCUGCUUUCAUUUCAAUAAUUUUAGUUUUUGAAUUAAUCAUAAAUUUGAAUUCAGGAAUUUUCUAUAAUGGUAUCACUAUAAAAGAUCGAAGAUUAAUCAUAAAAAAGAACUUUUAUUUCAUCGCGAAGGAUAUUAUUGUUAUAAGUCUAUAUUUUGUAUCUUAAACUGGUGAAAAUAAUUCUUGGAUUAGCUUGCUUGAUUAUUGUAUAUUUUGGAAGAUAGUAGAUUUACCUAAAAAGAUAUCAGAAAUAGAAUAAAGAUUAUAAAUUAGCGAAUCUAUUUUAAAUUGGUUAAAAUUAUUAAAAUUAGAGUGCUUGAUACUAAUUAUCGCACACAUAGCUAGUUGCAUAUUUAUAAGGAUAGCAUUAUCCGAACAGCUAGAAGGUAAAAGUAAUUGGCUUCAACAUUAUUAAUUUGAUGAUUAUAGCUUUUCCGAUCAGUAUCUUGUUUCUAUAUACUUCAUGAUCAUUACUAUGACUACAACAGGAUAUGGUGAUAUAGCUCCUUUUACUUAAUAUGAGAGAGUGUUUAUACUAAUUAUCGCUUUGGUUUCUUAAAAUGUUGUUGGCUAUUCAAUUUCAACGAUUAGCGAUAUUGUUAAAACUUAGAGUGCUAAGAAAAAAGAAUUCAAAUAAUUUAUGAAAGAAAUAAACAAAGAUAUGAAUAACAGAAAUAUAAAUAUUCAGCUUUAGCACAAGAUUAGAAAAUACGUUGAAUAUCUUUACAUUCAAAAUACUAAAAAAUCAUCAUUUGACACAAACAUCCUUGAGAUUCUGCCUUAUUAGCUUAAGGAAGAGGUUUUAUUGGAAAUAAAUAAAGAGAUGAUAAGUAAUAUUAAUUAUUUGGGAAUAUCAAAGUUUUCCUAAGUAUCUCAAAAGCAGAUUACGCUCCUCAUUAAGUAGAAAGUUUAUUUUCCAGGAGAAAUUAUUUUCAAAUUUGGUGAAUUAAAUGAUAAAAUAUAUUAUAUAAACUAAGGAUAAGUCAGUCUAUCAAUUCCUGUCCUGACUAAGAUUGAUAAAAUUACAUCUCAACCAGAAAUGAACUUCAAAUUUUUGAAAAAGUAAGAUGUUUUCGGUCAACAAGGCUUUAUCACAAACUCGCAAAAUUCUUAUACAGCAAAGACAAGUUCAGUAACUGUUUUGUCUUAUAUCAGUAGAAAUGAUUUUUUGUAAAUCAUAAGAAAUAAUUCAGAUGACUAUGAAAUAUUCUCAGAAAUAAAAGAUAAAAUAAUAUUUAGUCAUGACUAUUCAUAGAUGAAGUUGAAGUGCUACUCAUGCGGUGAGUUUAAUCAUCAAUUAGAGAGCUGUCCUUAUGUGAAUUUUAAUAUUCCUUAUAACUAAAAAAAGUCUUCAUAAGAAGAGAGAAUUAAGCAUUCUAGAAGAGCUUAAAAAAAACCUUUUCACUCAAACUAUGAAGAUUUAAGGAAAGAUGUUAUUGAUUAUUUAAAUUAAUCGAUCAACAGUGAUCUAUAUUCGAUAAUAUAGCAAUCUAUUAUUCAUCCAGAGGAGCUUAAAACAAAUUAUGACAUUUAUAGAAUAAACACUAUAGAAAAAUAAUUGAAGGAUACUAGUCCUGUGUCAUAUGCAAACAAUUUUGAUAGAAAACACAAUUAAACAACAACAAAUCAAUCAACUUAGCAUUAAUAAGUUGAUUUCGAAAAUGCUGUUAAUGCUUAAGUGAAAGAAAACGAUGUAAUUAUAAAUUUAUAAAAUGAUUAACAAGUUCUCAAACACACAUAAUCAGCUGAUGGUCUAAAAAAUAAUUAUCUCAAUAAAUUGGAUAUAAUUAAAGAAAAUGAUGAUGAGAAUUAAAUAAGAAAUUCAAUGAUUCCAAGAAAAAAAGAAAAAUAAACUACUAGAGAUUUACAGAAUUCAUAGGAAAACGAACUUUAACUUCCUAUCUUGAACCAAGGUUUUUCUGAUAUCAAUUACGGAUAAACUUAGCAUUACGAAAAAAUAGAAAAUAUUUUAAGUUUAUAAAACCAAAUGCAUAAAUUAACUAGUUUAGAUGAGGGUAUUUAAACAGAAAAGCAAAUUAAAAAGCAUACAAAUGAUAUUUUAACUAAUAGCUUAGAUGUUGGAUCAGCAAUAUAGCAAUUUACCAAUUAGAAAUCAAAAGAUUCAAUAUAAAAUUCUAUUGAUUUAUAGAUAAUGCAGCAGCAAUAAUAGUUUUUAAGAAACGAAGAAAAAAAAUUCCUUUAGAAUGAUUAAGGACAUAACAACAGCUCAUUUAUCAACAACUCAAAUUCUAAUUCUUUAGAGAGAAAUACUGCCUAAGGUAAUUCAAAAUCCCCAUAGAAAGUUGAUAUACCUCUCUUUUAGGAAAAUUAAUUCUAUAUUGAACCUCUAUCAGGCUCUCUAAAGAAAAAAGCUUCCUCUCAAGGAUUGCUAUUUCAAAGACAAGCAAAAUCAAAGAAAUAAACUGUAACUUAGCAAACUAACACAUAAUUACCGUUGAUAUAAUUAAGAGACGAAAGUUGUAACAUUAAUUCUGAGUGGGAUAUGAGCAAUCUUACUCCUUAAAAUUUUAGCAUUUAAGAAUAACUCUAGUAAAGAAGAACAAACAGAUCGAUCUAGUCCUUGACAAUCGUUGAAUAAGAAAUUCACAAAAGAAUAGAAGAAAAAAAAUAGAGCUGUAAAAUGGUUUCAAAGAUGAAUGAAACAUUUAGCUCUUCAUUAAGAAAUAUUCCAAGAAAUAGUUUAAAAGGUCUUACUCAGUAAUUAAUUGCUCCAGAAUUUGAAUAAUAAUAGAACGGCUAAAUAGUGUUGAAGUAAAAGUAAUUUGUAAAUGGAAAUUUAACUCCUACUGUAUAAUCUAGUAUCCACAGAAAAGAUAAGAGACACGCAACAAUUAAUUUAUAGGAAUAGUAAUCUACUGCUAGCUCAAAUAAGCAUAGAGAUUCUUAUUAUUAUGGAAGAAACAAUACAAAUUACACUUAUAAACUGGCUUUAUAACAUUUGUAACCAUAUCAAGUAUAGAAUAACGAAUAAAAAUAAUAAGAAAAACAGCUUCCUCAAUAAAAUACUUUGAACUCUAACUCUUAAAAUGCAUAAAGCUUUAUGCAUUUAUUAACUUAAGGUACUUAAAAACAUAAUCCAAACAGUAUUUUAGGCGAGGGCACUAGAGAGAAUAAAUCAAAGUUUAUCCAAUUUGCUAUUAAAGAAAACUCUUUAAAAAAAUAAUUAUAAUCUAUGAAAAUGAUUCCUAACGUAGAGUCUUAGCAUGAAAUUCAGUAGGAUUAGCAAAAUGAAAUUGCUUAAAAUAAUUAACUGCCUCCAGAGAAGUUCCAUCAAGGCGAAUAAAUAGCAGAAGAUAUUAGCUAAAAUGUAGAAUUCUAAAUAAGGUGUGUAAAGGGAGUAUAAGAUAUUGAUAUCUUAGUUUUAAGAAAAAUAUAUCUACUAGCAUAACUUAAAAACUAAAGAAUUGAAGAAAUUGGAGAGGAGUGGUAAGAAUAUAUUUUAGUAGAAGAUAAUGAAAUAGAAAUAGAUGCCUUGCAAAACUAUAAAUUUUACUUUCCUUAAGGAAAUUUCUAUCAAAUAAAAAGUAACAUUAGAAGAAAAGAAACCAAAAAGAUGAUGAAAAAUAGGAAGAGCAAAAAAUCUUAAUACUUUGGUGGAGCCACCAAUACUUAAUAAACUAAAUAUCGCACAAAAAACACUCAAUUAGUUUGA